UACGUAAUUAAUGGUGGAAAGUUCAAACAUGGCCUUCUAUCUGGAGCCGUCAUUGCUACGCAACGCAACAAUUUCCGAGUUCUGAACGCGGUGGUGACUCAGUUUUGAAAUCGGUGUUCUGUGAAAGCCAUGGCUUCGAGCAGCUUGACCCCCACGAAGCUCGAUUAUUUCGACGACAUGGGGAAGCUCCAGUCCAGAGCCAUAUUGCUAUCUUUAUCCAAAGGUGAAGAUGGACGAACCGCUUUGGUAUUGGACCGUACAAUUUUCCAUCCACAAGGUGGUGGCCAACCUGCCGACACAGGCUUCAUCGCCGUCGCAGAUUCCGGUCUCAAAUUCGUAGCAGAAGAUGUACGGUCCAAAGACGGCAUAGUUUACCACUACGGUUUUGUUGAAAAUUCUGUUGAGGAAAUGGAAUCAAAAUUUGAGAAAGGGAAAGAGGUGUUCUUGCGUGUUGAUGAGGCUAGGCGCAAGCUAAAUUCUAGGCUUCACUCAGCUGGGCAUUUGCUGGAUGCAUGUAUGAGAAAUAUGGGAUUGGGUGAUUUAGAGCCAACCAAAGGCUACCAUUUCCCUCAGGGGCCAUAUGUGGAAUACAAAGGCACCAUUCCACAAAAAGAUAUGGAAAUUAAGCAAAAGGAGUUGGAGCUAGAAGCUAAUGCAUUAAUCUCGAGAGGAGGGAAAGUUUCUGGUGCCUUGUUACCAUAUGAAGAAGCAUGUAAACUGUGUGGUGAUUUCCUUCCCGAUUACAUUCCCAAGGGCAGCACUCCUCGCAUUGUGAAGCUAGGGGACAGUCCUGGCUGUCCGUGUGGUGGUACCCAUGUUUCUGAUAUUUCAGAGAUCAAGAGUCUUACGGUUUCUCAAAUACGAACAAAGAAAGGAUCCACAAAGGUGUUCUACAAUGUUGGGUCCUAAUUCUCGGUCUAACAUUUUACACCCUCAUUCUUGAUACAAAGGUAUCUACACAGCCACAGGCAUAGCCAAGGAACAUACUUUGUCUCAUGCAUGCUGAGUCCAAAAGCAUCGCCAUCUUAAAUUUGGAUUUGAUAGUUUGACCCUUGGCCUGAAGUUUCGAUCAACACUUGGAAAUUUUAUUCGGCUGCUGGAAGUUUCAAGGGAUCUGCUGGUCUACCAGGAGAUAUACUGGUGUGGUCCACAAUCCACAUCUGGAAAAAAUGCAUGGGAAAUAAAAUAUAUUUAUUUGAGGUCCAUAUUCUUUAGGCCUUUUUGGUAAAUUUGCCAACGACGAAAUCAUUGGAAAGGUAUAAGAAAAACAAUUUGGUACA